UCAAAAAGAGCGCAUCUCACAAGUUGUGAGGAAGAUUUAAGGAUGGGUUACCUCAUUUACCUUCGUAUUUAUUGUAUAUUAAUUAUUGGAUUUAUUGAUCGGGUGUGUACACAUACGACGGUUAUUUAUGAUAACGAUAAAUGGCAGGAUUUUAACGUUGAACAGUAUACAACAAAUGUGCAAGAUUCAAGUUUAAAAACGACAUUAACGCCAGCAAAAACAUUGAGUGUGUAUAGUGAACAGAGUGGCAUAAGUGGACCUAUAUCGGUUUAUGAUCAUUAUAUAGGUGGUGAUGACAAGCACAUAAACUGUGAUGAUGAAACAAACGAUGGACUCCAUAAGAAUGAAGACAUUGACCGUCGUGGCACACAAGGUCAUAGUGAUUUGAAUGACCGACGCCCCAGACGAGACCAACCUGAGCAGAAAUCAUUUAGAAAAGGGCUCGAAAUUGACUUCAUGCAGAACGUUCUUGGUGAAGAGCAUAAAAUUAAAGUUCCACUUAAGAGGCCAAAACAAAUGCCAGGCUAUGUGGCCAUGUUGUAUGAUAUUUUAACUGAGCAGAAUGAACGCACCCUGAUUCCAGCUGGUUCGGAACAACUAAAGUCAAAACCAAAAAUUCGUUUUUAUAGGGGCCUAUUUCACGGUAUCGGGAAGAACAAUUGGAUAUCGUAUGACAUGAAGGACAUUGAUUUAGAGAAGAUCACAAGACUGGAGUUCGUUGUAACAAUGCCUCAAAUGAAGGAACGCAAUACCAGCAUAAGUCUGUAUGUGGAUGCAGAUACAGAAGUUAUCGAGAAAGUUGAAGUAAGCUUCGUAAUCUAUGAAGAUUAUAUUGUUUGUGAUCUAUCAGCUCUGAUAACAACUAAACAACUAAAUAAAAUCAAUAUAAUGAACCAGUUAAGUGCUAUUGGACACACGCAUAAAUUUUCCCGCCUCCAGGAGCCGUUGAUUCUUGUCUAUGAGAAUCAUCAGUCGACACCAUAUCCGACGUCAUUCGAAGGACUCCCCGGAAGAGAAAAGAGAAAUGUUAAUAAUAUGCAGGCAAUACUGUCGAGAGAUUAUUCAGAUUAUCCGGACGAUCCGACUGAGCUAAUCUGUGGGCGCCAAGACUGGUCACUUCCCAUGGAUGACUUUAAUUGGGAGUGGUGGUUGUUACCAAGGCAAUUUAACGCAGGUGUCUGCACGGGAUCAUGCUACUGGCCCCAUGCAGCAAACAACACUAGUAGCUAUGUGUUUUUAACAAGUUUGUGGCAUGAAAUUACGAUGCAUUUAAACGAUAUGCUUGUGCCGCAGGCGCGCUGCGUACCAAACAGUUUUCAUCCGAUGACUGUAGCAUAUAAGCCCAACGAUAACGAAGUGGUUUUUGUUGAGAUUCAAGACAUGAAGGUAGCCUCGUGUGCUUGUAGGUAACGCAAACAUUCGACAUUCAGGUUUUACCAUAUUUGUAAAUUAGUUAUUACCAUUUUCAUAUUUACAAAGCUUUACUUAAUAAUUAAUGCCGUACACGGUAAUAUAUAGUACAUAUAGCGCGAUGUUACUUGAUUUUGAGUGAUACUGCGUCUUUUUUCGUGAUGUUGCUUCAUGUUGUGUGAUGUGUUUUCGACUAGGGUUGAUGAUGUGGUUACUGUAUGAUGUUGCGUGAUACUUUGGUAUGUUGCAUUUCGUCGAAAGAUGUUGCUCGGUGCAUUAUGAUUAUACUUGAUGUUGUAUGAUUUUGCUUGAUUUCGAUUGAUGUUGCAUGAUAUCGAGAGUUGUUGUGUAAUGAUUCUCGAUAGUGCGUGCUGUUGCCUAAUGCCGCGUUAUGCUGUGUGAUUUGCGUGAUCUUGCGUGAUCUUGCGUGUUGCUGCGUGAUACUCUGUUAUAUCGCGUGAUGUUGCAUGCUGAGUGAUUUUUCGUGAUGCUGCGUUUAGUUGCCUGAUUUUCAUUACAUAAUAUAAUAUAGAUACAUUCGCUAUACAUAAUAGUAAAUAUCCAUGCGCUGUGAAGGUGUAUAUAAAUACAUAAUACACUGUUGUUUUACAAAUAAAUUCAUAUUAAAUCAUUUUUAAACAGUUUACGUACAUACUUACGUACUUGCACGUAAAUACUAAAUACAGUUAUGUAUGUAAGCAUAUCUAUAUAAUAAUGCACAUAUAAAUAUCCUAAGCGUUGAAUGGCAUGGUAUAUAAUAAGCUGAUAACAAAGUCUUUAUAACACAAGGGUGUGGUAAAAAAAUGUUUAAAUUAAGUGUAAUGAUUUUCCUCUGUAGUUUUUUCUUAAUAGCAUUACAAAGCUAUAGCUUGUGUAUUUUUCAUUUAAGUUUUUUGUUUUCUAAGUCAGCACAGUCAAGUUUUGCUUGCAUUAUUUAUUCCCUAAUUGAUUGAUCCAUUUGUGCAUUUCUGUUCAAUGUUUUUCAGUUCAAUUUCGUAUUUUACAUCUGGUAUUUGAUAUCUUCCCUCAAGUGAUAAAUGCUCUCAGUCAUGACUCUUGAAGCUGUACAUGUACAUUUAUUAAAUUCAUCAUGAUUACAUUGCUAUUUCAGUCGCGUCUGGUCCACAUUUCUUGACAGUUAGCUUUGUUAUUGGGUUCUGUCAAGUGAAACUUAGUUUUUACUGAUUGUUGGUUUAUUUCUGCCUGUUGCUAAAACUGUUCAAAUGCAAUAGUUUCUUGCCUCGGGUAUCCAUGCAAAUAUAAUGUGCAACCACUAAUAGGUAGUCAUGAUCUGUAACACACUAAUGUCGAGGGAUUUUCUCAAGGUCAUGUUUGAUGGUAAUGGCUCGGAUUAUCACUGAGGACAUCACUUAAGUGUCACACAAAUUAUUUAAAAUCCAUAAAAUCAUUUGACCGGAACGACCUUACAAGUUCACAAAUAUUUACUCGUGUAUUAUCAUGAAAGUCUAAGAUCUCGCGCGAAAACAAAAUUGGACUCAGCAAUAAUAUUUUACAAUCAUUCAAUCGGAAAAAUCUGACUACCUAUGAGGUUUUAUCAAAUUCAGAUCAUUAGCGUCUGAGAUCUCGCGCGGACGGAAACGGUACGUGUGACAGCCGGUAUGACUUAAGGACGGACAUAGGAGAACUUCGUUUCACGUCAGCGAAAUGUCAAUACCAUCAAAAUAAGAUUGCGUACGGACGAACACAGCGGUGACGAUCCGCCUUUCAAGGAACAUGCACAUCAAAAGCAGAGGUGUUAUUUUGUAGAUUUAUUGCAUAUUUAAUGUUCCCUUCGUCAUGUCAAUAUGCUUUCGUUUGGUUUCAAUUUUGAUGGUCGAUUUUCUCUAAUAUAUUUGGAAGUAUGUUGAUAUGAAGGUUAAAAACAUUUAAGUUUGCAUUAGGUAUGCACGUGUGGGCGUCUUUAUUGCAAUGAAUGUUCAAUCAAAAUCCAAGAAGAAGACUUAAGCUAUGCGUGCCCGCGUGGUAAUUUAUAUCGCUAACAGGUGUGUUUAACAUAAACGCAAUAUUGCAAAUUUGUAUGUUAGACAAGGAUUCCGUAUUCUAAACCCAUAUGUUGAACAUAUAUUCAAGAUUGCAAACAUGUGUGUUAAACAUGGAUGCCACUGUGUAAACAAAAAAAACUGUAUUUAUGUUAAUA